AUGAAUGAUUUACAGUUAUUUAGUGGUAAUAAGGUGAUGCUUCAAAGUAAAAAAUGUCGAGAAACAAUUUGCAUCGUUCAUGCUGAUAAUACCUGUCCAAAUGAUCGUAUUCGAAUGAAUCGUGUUGUACGAAAUAAUUUACGCGUACGUUCAAGUGAUAUUGUUUCAAUUCAAGGUUUACAAGAUGUUCAAUUUUGUAAACGUAUAUAUGUUUUACCUAUUGAUGAUACUGUACAAGGAAUAACAGGCAAUCUAUUGAAAGCUUAUUUAGAACCAUAUUUUGCUGAAGCUGAUCGACUAGUACAUGAAGGUGAUGUUUUUAUUGUACAUGCAGCUAUGCAUGCUAUAGAAUUUAAAGUUAUUGAAACUAAACCAAGUCCGUAUUGUAUUGUUACAUCACGUACAAUUAUUCGUUGUGGUAGUGAUCCCAUUAAACGUGAAGAAGAAGAAGUAUCUUUAAAUGAAAUUGGUUAUGAUGAUAUUGGUGGUGUUAGAAAACAAUUAGUACAAAUUAAAGAAAUGGUUGAAUUACCAUUGAAACACCCACAAUUAUUUAAAACAAUUGGAGUUAAACCACUACGAAAUAUUCUUUUAUAUGGACCAACCGGGCACAGUUUAAUUGCACGUGCAGUGGCUAAUGAGAUUGGUGCAUUUUUCUUUUUAAUCAAUGGACUGGAAAUUGUGUCUAAAUCAGCUGGUGAAUCUGAAUCGAAUUUACGUAAAACAUUUGAAGAAGCUGAAAAGAAUUCUCCAGCUAUUAUUUUCAUUGAUAAGCUUGAUGCAAUUGCACCAAAACGUGAAAAAACUCAUGGUGAAGUUGAACGUCCUAUAGUUUCACAAUUAUUAACAUUAAUAGAUGGUCUUAAACAACGUUCAAAUGUGAUUGUUAUGGCAGCAACAAGACAACGAAAUUUGAUUGAUCCAGCAGUUCGUCAUUUUGGUUGUUUCGAUCGAGAAAUCGAUAUUGGUAUUCCUAAUGCUGUUGAUCGUUUAGAAAUUCUUCGUAUACAUACAAAAAAUAUGAAAUUAGAUGGUGAUGUUAAUCUUGAACAAAUUAGUAAUGAAACACAUGGUUAUGUUGGUGCAGAUUUAGCAUCAUUAUGUUCAGAAGCUGCUUUACAACAAAUUCGAGAGAAAAAGCAUGUUAUUGAUUUAGAAGAACAUACGAUUGAUGCGGAAGUACUCAAUUCAUUAGUUAUUACACAAGAAAAUUUUCGAUUUGCAUUAAAUCAAUCAAAUGCACCAGCUUUACGUGAAAUAGCUGUUGAAGUACCAACAACAACAUGGGAAGAUAUUGGUUGUUCAGACCAUGUUAAACGUCAAUUACAACAACUUGUUGAAUACCCUUUUCAACAUCCAGAAAAAUUUCUCGAAUUUGGUACGACGCCAUCACGUGGCGUUUUCUUAUAUGGACCACCUGGUUGUGGUAAAACAUUAUUAGCCAAAGCUAUUGCUAAUGAAUGUCAAGCUAAUUUUAUUUCGAUAAACGUUCUUGAAUUGUUAAGUAUAUGGACUGGUGAACCAGAAGCUAAUGUUCGUGAUGUAUUUGAUAAGGCUCGUCAAGCAGCACCAUGUAUACUCUUUCUUGAUGAAUUAGAUUUAAUUGCUCAUGAUGAGAGCGGUAGAUAUGGUGGUGAUGCAGCUCAUCGUGUUGCUAAUCAAAUUUUAAUUGAAAUGGAUGGUAUGAGUGCAAAGAAAAAUGUUUUUAUCAUUGGUGCCACUAUUGGAUGGGAUAUUAUUCAUCCAAUAUUUUUUAAAACAGGUCGUUUCGAUCAUUUAAUUAUUAUUCCAUUACCCGAUGAACAAUCGCGCUUAACAAUUUUUAGAGUUUGUUUAAAAAAUUCACCUAUAGCUGAAGAUGUCGAUUUUCAUUAUUUGGUUAAUAAAACGAACAAAUUUACUGGUUCUGAUUGUUAG